AUGCCGUCCUCGUCAAGGUCCCACGACCGCGAUGUAGGAUCGAGCUCCUCGCAUCACGAUCGCGAGCCCUCGGACUACAAACGGCGUCAUCGACCAGACGCAGACGACGAUCCCCACCACCGUAGCCGCGACAGGGAGCAUUCUCCAGACCGCCGAAAGCGACAUCGCGAGGAUGAUCACAGCAGACGAUCUCACAGCUCUCGAUCACAUCGUGACGACGACCGAAGAGACCGGUCCGACCGCGACCACCAUCAUAGGCACAAACACGAGGAGCAUGGAAGCUCGAGUCGCUCUAGGCAGGAUCGUGACAAGGAACACAGAAGCGACCGGUCCUCCAAGCGGCGGGAGACCUCGGAGGAGCGUCGGAUCCGCAAAGCCGCCAAGCGCUCCGAGAAGUUGAAGGAGCUCGAAGAAAGCUUCCUGGACGAAGAGCAAGGCGCGGCGGAACGCACUGCCGUUGCCGAGCUCAUGAUGUAUUCUGCCGAGGACAAUCCGUUUAACGACGCCAACCUUGGUCAAAAGUUCAAGUGGGGAAAGAAGGAGGAGAAGGAACGCAAAGGAGGGCUCACAAGGGAAGAAGCUGAGAGACGUGACGCUCAACGAAGGGAGGAGGCUAUGCUCGAGAUCGAGAAGCUCAAUGCUAAGCGUGCCGAGCGUGAGAAGCAGGCUGCUUUGCGAGAAGAAGAGGAGGCGAGGAUGGCACGUCUCGCCGAGUCAGCACAGAUGGCUAGCUGGGUCGCCAAGGAAGAUGACUUCCAUCUCGAACAAGCCCAACGCCGAGCUGUCAUCCGCGUCAAAGAGAACCGCGCUAAGCCCAUCGACUUGCUCAGCAUCAACCUCAAGUGGGCGGACCCCAACGUCAUUUCCGAACAAGAAGGCAAGCAGGACGAUGACGACGACGAGGCUGGCCUCGAGAUCGACCUCGACGAGCCCUACACCAUCUUCGAAGAUCUCACACUCGAGGAGACGGAGGAAUUGCAUCAGGACAUUCAGAUGUACCUGGAGCUCGAGAAGAACGACUCGAACCUCGACUUUUGGCGUUCGAUGCUCAUCGUAUGCGAUGACAAGCUCGAAGAGCUCAAAGAAGAUCAAGAUAGGGCCGAGGGCACCGCCACAGCCGCUCUCGGAAUUCGACAGGAUCCUGAGGAGCGUGGACGCAUCAACAGCAUGCUUUCGUCCAAAUCGACAGAUGAUCUUCAGCAGCUUCAAAAUCAGGUGCGCGCCAAGCUCGCUUCUGGUGAACCGGUGGAUGUCGAAUACUGGGAGAGGGUGCUCAAAGCGAUCGUCGUUUGGCGAGCCAAAGCAAGACUGCGCGACAUGCACGAGGCUGUCUUGUCCAAUCGACUCGAGUACCUCCGACGCAAGCAACGUGACGAGGCGUCGCGACAGCAGAAGGAGCUUUUGCUCCAGACUGGCGACGAUUCUGAUCUCGAAGACGAAGCACAGGACACCCUUGAUGUUCAAGACAAAGCCGAUGGCGAGGGCAAGAACGCAGAGGCGGAACUCGAGGCACUCUACGAUCCAGACGAGAUGGAGCCUGCGCCGAUCGACGCCGCCAACCUCAGCUACGAAGACAGGCGUCUGCCCAUCAAGACCGUGCGCGAGCAUCUCGAAGAGGUGGUCGCUGCUCGACGUCGCGUCACCGGUCAGCUUUUCAUCCCCAAAACGCGUCACAACGAGCAUGGCGCGAGCACCUCGGACAACCCCGCCGAGCGCAUGUUCCUGCAAGAGGCAUCCAAAGCGCUCGACGUCACCGAAGAGGUCAUGGAUGGGGGCGACGAAGCUCCGCUCACCCAUCAGACCUACCAAUGGGAAGACAAGUACCGUCCGCGCAAGCCACGCUUCUUCAACCGCGUCCACACCGGCUUCGACUGGAACAAAUACAAUCAAACCCAUUACGAUUCGGACAAUCCGCCACCCAAGACGGUGCAGGGCUACAAAUUCAACAUCUUUUAUCCGGAUCUCAUCGACAAGACGAUCGCCCCAACGUACAAGAUUAUCAAGGAAAAGGGCGAGGAGGAUACGGUGCUGCUGCGAUUCAGCGCUGGUCCGCCGUACGAGGACAUUGCGUUCAGGAUCGUCAACAGGGAGUGGGAGUACAGUCACAAGCGAGGGUUCAGGAACAGUUUCGACCGGGGCGUGCUGCAGUUGCAUUUCAACUUUAAGCGGUUGCGGUAUCGAAAGUAA